AUGACUAAGCACCAUACGAAAGUGCUGCAGCAACUUGGUGAAUCUGUUGAACAUUUAGACUUUAUACUGAUGGAACUACUGGAGGACAAGCUGGAUGAUGCAUCGUUACAAGCAUGGGAGGAAUCCGUAUCAGCAGAUGAUCAGCCAACCUAUACUAAAAUGAUAGAAUUCCUUCAGAAGAGAACCCGUGUGCUAGAAACAAUUCUCAUCAACCGCCCACAACAUUCUAACGCUAGAUGUACUAAUUACAAUACCGGAAACAAAAAAUCUUUUCAACCCCGAAUCAACUCCAAUGCCAUGGCAGCAGCUGUUCCCAAAGCAUUUCCGUUAUGCCCUGCCUGCGAAAAGGACAAGCAUUCAAUAAUGGAUUGUCCUAUCUUUAACGGAUUUGACGUGAAGGGACGUUUGAAAGUAGUAGCAGACAAAGGACUUUGCAGCAACUGUUUUCGGAGCGAUCAUUUCGCUCGUGUAUGCCGAUCAAAAUACCACUGUAAGCACUGCAACAAGCGCCACCACUCAAUGAUUCAUCCCGGACCGUUUACCACUAAUCAGUUGCCCAGUAAUAGUCAAGCUAAUAGUAACACUUCUACUAGCUCAUCUCAGAUUAUUUCAACUAUUGCCACUCAACCGGCUGGAAAAUUCAAUCUAUCUAAGCCUGUAUAUGUGGAAAGUGGAAACGUUAUUCUGUCGACUGUCGUCCUGCUGGUCGUCGACGCCUAUGGUCAGGAACAUAUUGCCCGAGCUCUGUUAGACACAGGAUCACAGCCAAACGCUAUCAGCGAGCGCCUGUGUCAACAACUGCAUCUUCCCCGAAAAAUCGUAAAUGUUCCAAUCGCUGGAGUGGAUGGUACUAUUACCAAUUCGAAGUACCAAAUACGCGCUGAAAUACGCUCUAGAGUAUCUCCAUAUAAGGAAGUGUUAGAUUUCCUCGUACUACGGAAAGUUACCAACGACACCCCACCGUUUUCAAUUAUCACACCCAACUGGGAAAUACCCGAACAUUUUCAGUUUGCUGACCCCGAGUUCAACGUAAAAAGGAGAGUCGAUAUGAUCAUCGGAGCCGGUCAUUUUUAUUCACUGCUACUUGAGGGCCGAUUCCGUUUAGCUAAUAAAGGUCUUAUGCUAGUUGAUACUAUGUUCGGCUGGCUAGUCACAGGAAAGAUGGGCCUCGGCGAAGAAAAUACUCAUCAAGCACCAAUAACUUGUCAUAUGGCGACAGUUAUGCCCGUAGAUGAGUUGCUAGAACGGUUUUGGUCAGUGGAAGAAUGUAGUUCAUCUAAUUAUUCGCUUGCUGAACAGCAAUGUGAGGACUUAUUCAAUGAAAGCACAACACGUGAUUCUGAUGGGCGUUAUAUUGUACGCUUGCCGAAAAAGGAAAAUUUCACGCAACUACUCGGAGCAUCGAAGCUAAAUGCUUUCAAGCGAUUCAAGUGGUUGGAGAAAAAAUUAGAAAAGGACCGUGAUUUAAAACAGCAAUAUCACGACUUUAUGUCGGAAUACAUUCGGUUGGGUCACAUGAACGAAAUUUCUGAAGACAACCUUGAUGGUCCUGACGCCUGCUAUCUACCGCACCAUCCCGUAAUAAAGACUGCAAGCUCUACCACAAAGAUGCGUGUCGUCUUUGACGGUUCUGCGAAAACAAGAACCGGUCAUUCACUGAAUGAUGCCCUAUUGGUUGGGCCCGUCGUACAGGACGAAUUGAUUACUAAUGUAUUACGAUUCCGUAAAUUCCCGAUUGCGUUGGUGGCGGACAUCGAAAAAAUGUACCGCCAGGUUUCGAUGCAUCCAGAAGACCGUCGUUUGCAACGAAUUUUUUGGAGAUUCCAUGAUUCACAACCCAUAGCUACAUAUGAGCUUGGUACCGUUACGUAUGGUCUCGCUCCGUCGUCGUUUCUAGCUACAAGGACCUUAAAACAACUUGCCGACGAUGAUGGUGCACCGUUUCCUAAAGCCACAAGAGCAUUGAAAAACUGUUUAUAUGUCGACGAUUUCAUCGGCGGAGAACAUUCCGUCGAAGAAGCGAUCCAGUUACGCAAUGAACUAAACGAACUUUUAUACAAGGGUGGUUUUUGUCUUCGAAAGUGGAGCUCCAACUCACCGGAUGUUUUGAGCGAUUUGCCUAAACAACUCCUUUGGACGGAUACCGCUCGAAAUUUUGCACCAGAUGAGACGAUCAAAACUUUAGGUGUCAAUUGGGAACCAGCAUCCGAUAAAUUUCGGUUUGAUGUAUCCAUAACAUUGAGGGAUGAGCCGGUGACGAAGCGCAGUGUCCUAUCUGUUAUAGCGCAGCUAUAUGAUCCACUAGGUCUAGUGGCUCCCGUUAUUGUUCGGGCAAAAAUAUUAUUGCAACAUCUUUGGUUGUUGGCUUUAGAUUGGGACGAUGAAGUAACUCCAAAUUUUCGGCUGCAAUGGUUACAGUUUUGUGAGCAGCUUCCCAAUUUAAGCAAUUACCGCAUUGAUCGAUACGUAUUUACAUCAAGGCUAUGCAGUGCUGAAUUGCACUGUUUUUCUGACGCGUCUGAAAUGGCCUAUGGAGCCUGCCUUUACGUUCGAUCGGAGGCAGCAGAUGGUACAAUCAAGGUAGUCCUAUUAGCCUCUAAGUCUAAGGUUUCGCCGUUAAAGCGAAUGAGCAUUCCACGAUUAGAGCUUUGCGCUGCAUUGAUCAGUUCUAGAUUGUAUGCAAAGAUAGUAACAGCCUUGGAUAUGAAGUUCGAAGCGUGCUAUUUUUGGACCGAUUCGACUAUAGUGCUGCAGUGGAUGAAGUCUCCGCCCCGAACAUGGAAAACGUUUGUCGCGAAUCGUAUAGCGGAGAUUCAAUCAACUACUCACGGAUUAAGAUGGCGCCAUGUGGCUGGUGCAGACAACCCUGCAGAUUUGGUAUCCCGCGGACUUACACCCGAUCAGCUAAUGAGUAGUGAGCAUUGGACAGCUGGACCGAGUUGGCUGUCUAAAGCGAAAGUGGCGUGGCCUUCAUCAAUCCUUUCUGGCUUCUCUACAAGUCCAGAAGAAAUGGAAAUGAAACCGACUACUAUUCUCGUUGUCGAACAAAGAAUAACCGACUCGUUAUUUUUGAGAUACUCAUCGUAUCAACGUCUUUUGAAUGUUACUGGUUUCUGUCUUAGAUUUGCUCGAAACGCUCGCAGUAAGAUUAACAGAAUAACCGACCAAGUGCUUUCCGUCAAAGAAGUGGAUGCCGCUAAAUUAGUUUUGCUUAAAUUAGUACAACUGGAAUCGUUCCCAGAGGACCUGAAAUUAUUGCAACAAAAUAAAAAUGUGCACAAGAAAUCUCUUCUUCGUUUAUUAAACCCAUUCAUAGAUGAACGAGGUUUAAUUCGUGUUGGUGGCCGGUUGCGUUUUGCUGACGAGCCGUACGGAAUAAAACAUCAAAUCGUUAUCCCUGGUUUUCAUCCUUUCACCAAAUCACUCAUCAACUUUUACCAUCGCAAGAUGCUUCACGGUGGUAUUACUAUGACUCUGGCUGUAGUUCGAGAUGAAUUUUGGCCUCUCACUGGUCGAAGAGCAGUUCGCAGUGUCAUUCGUAGAUGCUUUAGAUGCGUUAGAUCAAACCCCCGCCCCAUUCAACAGCCAACAGGACAACUACCGAUUGGACGAGUAACCCCCAAUGAAGCUUUCACCCAUACUGGUGUUGAUUAUUGUGGCCCUCUGUACCUGAAACCAACGCAUCGUAGAGCAGCAGCAAGGAAAUGUUACGUGGCCGUGUUCAUUUGCCUUACGACGAAGGCCGUUCAUUUGGAAUUAGUUGGCGAUUUAUCUACCAAUACUUUUCUCAUGGCGCUCAACCGUUUCAUUUGGCGACGAAACAAACCGUACCAUAUGUACUCGGACAACGGUACAAAUUUCAUCGGUGCAAAGAACAGUCUUCACCAACUGUACAAUAUGCUCCAACCAGGACCCGAACAGAAUCGCAUCUCCAAGCAACUUGCAGAGGACGGCAUCCAGUGGCAUCUGAUCCCUCCACGUUCCCCUAACUUCGGGGGGCUAUGGGAAGCAGCGGUUAAAGUGGCUAAAACGCAUCUAGUUCGGCAGCUUGGUAGCAGUACACUCUCCUAUGAAGAACUCGCCACUGUACUGACAAUGAUCGAAGGCUGUAUGAACUCGCGACCUCUCACCCCAUUAUCGGAUGACCCUAGCGACCUAUCAGCUUUAACUCCGGCACACUUCCUCGUUAAGAAUAUGAUUCGUCCAUUGCCAGAACCAGACAUCCGACACGUUCCACUUAAUCGACUAACUCAAUAUCAGCGAAUUCAAGCCUAUGCUCAAAGAUUUUGGUACAGAUGGAGAAAUGAAUAUUUAAAGCAACUUCAAUUGCAGUACACAGUCAACCCUCGACCGUUUAAUCUUGAUGUUGGAUCUGUAGUGAUAAUCAAGGACGAAUCACUUUCUCCGGCACGUUGGCCGCUCGGCCGCAUUGUGGAAAUACAUCCAGGUCCCGAUCAUGUCACCCGUGUCGUGACGUUGCGCACUUCAUCUGGCACACUGAAGCGAUCUGUAUCGAAGAUAUGCCCUCUGCCUUGCACAUCGAAUCUGGAGGACUUUGUCCCAGAAUCAGUUUCCAAAUAA